CACAGGGAGAGCAUAGCCACGGGCGCGGGGAGUCCUCUGUGCCCGCUUCCUGGUGAGGUCCUCUGACCGUCCAGAAAAUGUUUGAGAGUCCGCCUGCUGAGGCCAAGGGGCUGACCCUCGCUCCCCGCCCAGGGCCCAACCGAACCUGGAGAGCGGGUGCCAGCCGCGAGUGAGGCGCCAGGACAGGAAGGGCCACCAGGCCUCUCAGGAUCAGCCUUCCUCGCCACCGUUCUCACCUCUUUGUCUGCCGCCUUCUCCUCAAUGCCUAGCAGCGCGUACAGGUCCAUCUGUAAGAGCUCCUUGGUCACCGCCAUGGUUCCAACCCUGACUGGAUUCGUACUACAACUCCCAAGAGUCUAAGCGUGAGUGGGGACUGCUAGCUGCGAGUGGCGCUUAGCCCCCUGGGAAUUGUCGUGUUAUGAGUCAGGCUUGACUGACUCAGAGGGAGGCCGACAGUAGUGAGUGAACUACGACUCCCAGCAGCCGCCGCUCCCGCCGCUGCCUUCCUCGUGCUGGGGGUUGGGGGAGCAUCCGGAUUCCCCGCCCAGGCCACAGCUGGACCGCGCGAGUGGGCGUGUAGGGCAGGGCAGGGUUGGGUGAGGGUCCUGGGGGCUCUGGACCUGGCCGACGAGACCUCCCUUCUGCCGAUCUGCCGCGCUGGGAGCCACGAUGGAGAGCCGGUGCUACGGCUGCGCUGUCAAGUUCACCCUCUUCAAGAAGGAGUACGGCUGUAAGAAUUGUGGCCGGGCCUUCUGUUCUGGCUGCCUCAGCUUCAGGGCAGCAGUGCCUCGGACUGGAAACACCCAACAGAAAGUCUGCAAGCAGUGCCACGAGGUACUGACCAGCGGGUCUUCUCCUACCAAUGACUCCAAGUGGUCACCACCUCAAAACUAUAAGAAGCGUGUGGCAGCCUUGGAAGCCAAGCAGAAGCCCAGCACUCCCCAGAGCAAGGGACUGACCCAACAAGACCAGGUCAUAGCUGAGCGCCUAGCACGGCUUCGCCAGGAGAACAAGCCCAAGUUAGUACCCUCGCAGGCAGAGAUAGAGGCACGGCUGGCUGCACUGAAGGGUGAACCCCAGGGUUCCAUCCCUUCUACCCAGGAGAUGGAGGCACGGCUUGCUGCAUUGCAGGACAGAGUUCCACCCUCUCAGAACCCCCAGCCGGCACAUCAGACACCAGACACCAGGACCCAGGCCCAGCAGGCACAGGAUCUGCUAACGCACCUGACGGCUGAGGUGGCUAUUGAUAAAAGCUGGGAACGAAGAGGCCCAGCUGCCUCUCUCCAGAAUGACCUGAGCCAGGGUGGGCCAGGGAGCCAGAGCACUAAUUCCAAGGGGCAGGCCAGCUGGUCCCUGGACAAAGAGAAAAGCAGACUGCUGGCGGAGGCAGCAGUUGAGCUGCGAGAGGAGAACACGAGGCAGGAGCGGAUCCUGGCACUUGCCAAGCGGCUGGCCGUGCUGCGGGGACAGGACCCCGAUAGAGUGACUCUCCAGGACUAUCGCCUCCCAGACAGUGAUGAUGAUGAGGAUGAGGAGACAGCCAUCCAGAGAGUCCUGCAGCAGCUCACUGAAGAAGCUGCUCUGGAUGAGGCAAGCGGCUUUAACAUCCCUGCGGAGCCAGCUCCCCGACCCCGGGCCCAAGCCUACAGGGCAGAGCCUGAGGCCCAGGCUGUGGACCCCAGGCCUGAGGCUGAGGAGGAGGAGCUCCCCUGGUGCUGCAUCUGCAAUGAAGACGCCACCCUGCGCUGUGCUGGCUGUGAUGGAGACCUCUACUGUGCCCGCUGCUUCCGGGAGGGCCAUGAUGCCUUUGAUCUUAAAGAGCACCAGACAUCUGCCUACCGCCCACUGCAUGUAAGCUGAGAGCACUGAGGAAACUGUGGUCCUCCCAGCAAGGCAGUCCCACAGGCCAGGGCACCACCUCUGGGCCCAGCCUCAGGGUAUCCAGUGGAAGAGCAUGUCUGGCUAAACUGCUGUUGGAUACACCCCUUCCUGAGCCUCCGUAUCCCUGGAAAGAGGAAAGAGUCUCCAUUGGAAAUGAUGACUAGAGGAGCCAGGGGAAGGAAAAGUAGGGGCCCUCCUACUAGAAGCCCAGACUGGGAGUGAGAAGCAUGAUGGGGAAAGACCAGACUGAUCUAAGAUGAGCCCUGUAACCUCACUCAGGGCCCAGGACCAUCUCCUGGCACUUAGUGGAUCUAAUAAAGUAUCUGCUUCAUUGGUUCAUUGGG